AUGGAACCCGAUUCCACGGCACUACAAGCGUGGGAACGUCUCCGGGAUAUUUUUCUGGAUAAUAAAUCUUCCCGUGCCGUCACUCUUGAACAGGAGUUUUCUAACACCGUCAUGGAAGAUUUCUCGAAUGCUUCCUCGUAUUGUCAACGGUUAAAAAUGUUGGCUGACCAACUGAAAAAUGUCGGUGCUCCGGUAUCCAAUAACCGUCUUGUUUUACAACUUGUGGCGGGUCUUACAGAGGCCAAUAAUGGUGUUGGCACUCUUCUUCGUCAAAGUGAUCCUCUUCCUCCAUUUUAUCAAGUAAGGUCUAUGUUGGUUCUUGAGGAGGCCGGAUUAGCUAAGAAGGCGGCUAUUGGUUCUUCUUCUUCCUCGGCACUUUUGGCCGACACAAACAGUGGUUCCGACUCGCCACCUAAGGCUCACGGUACUCACGGUGCAAAAUCGGGCCAAAAACGUCCUUCUCACAAAGGCCGGAAUUCCGGCGGCGGUGGUAAGGGUGGCAGCGGCGGCGGUCUAGGUGGUCGGCAGCACGGGGGUGGUGGUGGAGGUCGUCCUUCCUCCCAGCCAUAG